GCACUCUUGGAUGCUGGAUUCUUGGAUACGCUUUUGCCUAUGGGGGCGGCAUCAACCGAUUCCUUGGCACGUCGAACUUCCUGGGUGAGGGUUUCUACACAAGGGAUGCAUCCGGAAACAUCCUGGAUCCUGGCCCGGGGUGGGCAUUUUGCACAGCUGGAGCCACGAUCGUGAGCGGGGCUGUGGCUGAGCGCUUCCAGGGUGCGACAUACGCGAGCUAUGCGUUCGUCAUGACCUCGUUAAUAUACCCUGUGGUCGUGCACCGGCGUGGAGUGGCAGUGGCUCCCUCGAAGACAUCCUGGAUGUCGUGGCAUGGUGCACUCGACCGGUGGAGUCAGUGGACUUGCCGGAACAAUCGUGUUGGGGCCACGGAAAGGGCGCUUUGUCAACCCAGAGAAGCUUGA